GCAGCACUGGUGGGUGGGCACAGGUGGGUGGCACUGGUGGGCACAGGUGGGUGGCACUGGUGGGCACAGGUAGGUGGGCACAGGUGGGUGGCACUGCUGGGCACAUGUAGGUGGCACUUCUGGGCACAGGUAGGUGGCACUGCAGAGUGGCACAGGUGGGGGCACUGCUGCUGGGCACGGGUGGGCGGAGCUAGUGGGGGCGCACUGCUGGGCGGAACUUGCGGGUGUCACUGCUGGCACUGCACCGAUCAUCAGGGCACUGAUGGAAACGUGUCAUUGGACACCGCUGAUCACGUGGUAAAAGGCCGCUGUGAUUGG